AUGGUUGAAUCAAAAAGAUACUCAUCUUCAUCUACAGAUACUGCUAGUGUUAGUGAUUCACCAGAAUCAAAUACUCCAGCGAAUAAAUCACCUAACCAUUCUAAGGUGAAUGUUUCUGCAGCAAAUCAUCGUCCACAUUAUCCAAUUGAAUCAGAUCAAAAUACUUUAGAUUUAAAUUCUAUAAUUAUGAAUAAGAAAUCUCAUUUAUCAUCUGUUCAUAAUAUAACAACUAUCAAACCGAUAGAAAAUAACAGUAAUAAACAUAUUUCUGAAAUGAAACAAAAUAAUAUUAAUUCAAUAAAUGAUUAUCAUGGUUUAUCAUCAUUGAAUAAAGAUAUACAUAUUCAUACUGAUCAUAAUAAUAAUAAUAAUAAUGAUAAAUUAAAAUUAAAUAAUUAUACUAUAGGAUCGAUUACACAAUUACAUUAUGAUGGUUGUGAAACAAAAGUGAAUGAUCCACCAAAACGUGAAGCCAAACAAAACAGUAUUAUAACAAUUUUUACGAUAUGGAAUACAAUAAUGGGUACAUCGAUUUUGGUAAUGCCAUGGGCUAUACAACAAGCUGGUUUCGCUUUGGGUAUAUUUUUAAUUAUAUUUGUCGCAUUCAUUGCUUGGUAUUGUGGUUAUCUUGUAUUGAAAGCAACAGAAGAUUUGAAAAUUAUACAAAAUACUCGUUCAUCUGCUGACUUGGAGUUUACAGACGUAUGUCAAUAUCAUUUAGGAAAACCUGGUUACAUUUUGGCAAUCUCAUUUUCUAUGUUAGCUCUUUUUGGCGCAAUUAUAGUCUAUUAUGUUUUAAUGUGUAAUUUCCUAUAUUACACUGGAGAUUUUAUUUACAAUAAAGUAAAUAACGUGAAUAAUUCACAUUUAGAUCAAACAUUCACAUUGUGGAAUAAAACAUAUACAGGUGCUACAUGUUCCAACUUACCAUCUAUCCAAAAUGAAGAUCAUGGAAAUAUUACAACACCUUCCUUGAAUUAUGGUCAUAAAGCAUUUAACAAUCCAUUAAACACUAACCAUAUUUCUAUUUAUAAUCGUUUAUGGUCAAAAACUCGUACUGUUCCAGCAUGGCUUUUAAUAAUUGUUGUUCCAUUGAUUUCUAUUAAGUCACCUACAUUUUUAAGUAAAUUCAAUGCACUUGGUACUAUUUGUGUAUUCUAUCUGGUCAUAUUGGUUUGUUUGAAAGCUGGUCAAUGGGGAAUAAAUAUGGAUUUUUCAUCUAAACAUCCUUAUAGAAUUGUACCUCAAGCACAAACUACAUUCAUUAGUUUAACUGGUAUAUGUUCACUGGCAUUUUUCUGUCACAAUACUUUGCAUACAUUAACACGUAAUCAAAAACGACCGGAGAAUAAUACACGAGAUGUGGCUAUUGCAUUUCUUCUAGUAGCAGCUACUUAUUUGUCUAUCGGUUUAAUAUUCUAUUGUACUUUUCCAUUAGCCAAAUCAUGUAUUGAAGAUAAUCUUUUGAAUAAUCUAGUAACCGAUAUACCAGUAUUUAUUGGUCGUUUCUUUUCACUUCUACAAAUGUUCACUGUAUUUCCAAUGAUUCUUUAUGUUUUACGUGUACAAAUUAUGACUGCUAUAUUCAAAACACCAUAUCCAGGAUUUAUUCAUGUUACUGUAUUACAUGUGUUUGUUCUUGGACUAUCAUUAACGUUUUCAAUGUUAAUGCCGAGUAUUGGUACUAUAAUUCGAUUUAGUGGUUCAUUAUGUGGUCUAGUAUAUAUGUUUACACUUCCACCAUUAAUUUAUUUACUUAAUAAACGUACAUUAAAUCGUUUACAAAAUGAAAGUCAUAUUAAAAUAUCAGAAAUUCAUUCAGAGAAAUUAUUAAAUAAUAAUCAUAUCAAUGGAAUGAAUAAUCAUAAUCAUAAUCAUAAUCAUGAAAAAUCAAUAAAUGAUCAUAUAUUAUUUAAUGAAUUACAAAUUGAUAAUCAUAAUGAUACAAUAUCAAUGAUAAAAAUUAAAUUAUUAUCAGAAUAUGAUAUAAUCAAAUAUUGGUUAAUUGUUUCUAUUCAUAUAUUUAUUAUGUUAUUAGGAUUAUUAAAUUUUAUUGGACAAUUUACUGUAUUUUUUAUUGGAACUAAUAAAAAACAAAUUAUUUCAUAGUUAAAUGUAAACAUUCAUACACACAUACACACACACCUACAUGGAUACGCACAAAUAUAUAAUAAAUACAUUCUAAUAUUUAAUCUUUUAAAUCACACACAUACAUAUACACACGAACAAGCAAACAUAGAUACGCAUGGAUACGCACAAAUACAUACAAUACUUUCUAAUAUCUAAUCUUUUAAUUCAUUAUUACAUAGCUGCCUCUAUUAUAUUACAUAAUCAUUAUGUACUCAUGUAAUCAUUGAUGAAUAGAUAGAAUCCCAAGUAGUUUAUUUAUAUUUAGUCAUUUAAUGAUUCGUUCUCAUUUGUCAAAUGAUUUUUAAUUAAUAUUAAUUAUUAUUUAAUAUACACAUCAGUAUUCAAUUGAUCUUAAAGUAAGAUUAUAAUUAUGAAGAGAAAACAAGUGAACUGUUUUUUAUUCUGAUAUUUAUAUACAUUUGUUUCUAUGUAUUUAUCUGUGUAUCUGUGUAGAUUAGGCGCC